ACGAAAUCUAGUGCGUCUUCCAGACCAGUGCGUGAACUGGACUGAAUAGGGAAACUGAUCCUAAUUGGUCUAUGUUCAAUGAUUUGACACCUAGAAUUCAAGGAAUGCGCUUCAAAACAAUGUGAUAUGUGCCAUAAUCACAGUGUUAUGACAACUUUUUUAUUUUACAUCAUAAGGCUAUACCUCAACAGUUAAAUUCAGCAGAAGCUAAGUUUUUCUUGUGAUUGUAAUUGCUUAAACAUCACACUGUUUGGACAAGGAAUUACCGCCUGGUGACUCAAUUCAAUCGGUUUUUUCAGGUGCACCUAUCGUAAGCAACAGGUGCUGAAGUCCCUCACUGCUUCAAAUCUUAUAAGCCUUGCAUAAACUCUUCCUGUCAGUACAAAAGCUCUACAGGCAAGCGCAACAGCCUCAUCACUAAUGUCUCCCCCAGCACCAGCCAAGGCCCCGUCCUUUGCAGCUACUCCGCCUUCAAACAAAAACCCUGUGUCAACUUCCCCAUUGCCUACUCAACCCGAAAAAGAGUCUUCCGCACAUGCAAAGCUAUCGGAUGUUCCCACUGAUGGAUCAGUGAUCCCAAGAGCUGUUUUAAGCGGUCCGAAACCUGCUGUGGCUCCUGAAACACCGUCUCCCGAAUCAGCAAACGAACAACAAGCAGCUGCAGGGCUCAAGGCCGUUGUAAGCCCAGCAGUGUGUUUGGCGAGGACAGUCGAACUUCUGGCAACACCAGUGCAGACUUCAGCUCAUUCGUUAGCGGUCUUUUCAAACACCACAGUGAACUCCAACGCUGUCUCAGCAUCUCCACGGCCCUUAAUGACUGAACAUACGCAUCCACCUCUGGUGGUGACGCUAACCGCCACACAAUCAGUUUCAGCGUCCCCUACGCCGUCAGAAAUACCCGCAUGUAUAUUGUCAGCAUUCGACAGGGCGCAGAUUCUCUCCCAAAGAUCAUCGCCGCAAUCCGAACGGUCCUCUCUGGCAUCCUUAGAGGAAGCUUCUGUGCCGAGUGGAAUACUGUCACCGAACUUAACGGUAUCGCUCAAAGCACCUGAUCAGGUUUCGCCAGCAAAAAAGUCGGCAGAGCCCGUGCAAUCUGCAGAGGUACACAUUUCUGUACCGCUUGGAUCAGGACAAGUUACGCAAGAGCGUGGAAAAAUACCAGUAGCACCACCGGUGCAAUCGGAGGCAUUUGAAGGAAGCUCACCGAAUUCCGCAAGGACUCUGCCGAGUCCGGGAACUCCAUCCCCAAUCUUGGAUCCAGCGGCGCUACUGAUGGCGGACCCUGCAGCUCUAACAUCGGUCCCUUUAAAGGAGGGGUUUAUCAGCUUGAAAGAUUUGACGACCCCCGAAAACGUGCCACCAGCCCUCGAAAAGCUAGUGGCAGUUCCUGAAAAAGUUGUAUCCGUUUCUAAGGGCGUAAAGCCGGCAUACACAACGACAGCACCAGUUUCUAAAAUAAGACCGGCAUCCCUUGCAAAAGGUUUCGUGCCACCACCAUCAGUUUCUGGAGAAACUGUAUCAGCCCCUGCACAGUCGUCCCACAACGCUAAAAGUCCGGAACCGGUUUCCGUAAAAGACUUGCUAGUUUCUUCAAAACCUGUAUCGGCUCCACCGAUACCACCUGGUGGUUUGGCUCAAGCAAAGUUACCACAAGUUCCCGUGCCGGCACAAUCGAACUCCACAAGUUCGGCAUCAAACUUAAAAGGGCCAUCAGACACUCCAAAACUCCCAUCAGAUAUAGACCUCUCAUUACUUGACUCGUCAACGUCCAAAAAAAUGCCGCUUCCGCUUUUUACUCCGUUAGGAGUCUUAGGGUCGGAAAAUCUGUCGCUGGAACCCGCAUCGGAUCCUGUGAAAGCAAAAGCGGCAUUACCACAAAUACAACGGCGUCUAAAAUUCGUUCAGCCAGACGUAGCAGAAGCUGAUUCCGAUAAAAAUGAGCCGCCUGACCCUGUAGUUCCUUCUCCAAAAUUGCGCGUCCGGAAAGGUAGGGGACGGCCUGGUGAUGGCAAAGCGCGAAAUUUACAUACCAAGGCACGAGACGUCCAGACGAAAAAUCGAAUUGCGCAAAAACAAGCUCGAUUUUUUCAAAACAAAGCUAAGGGACUACGGACUAAAGGUCGACCCGUCCAGACGAAAGCUCGACUUCGUCAAGUCAGGACUCGAGCCUUGCAAACAAAAGGCCGAGGUCUUCAGGGUAAGGCUCGCGAAGUGCCAUUGAAAGCGCAUCCUUCGCCGAGUCCACAAAAACCACAACCGUCAUCCUCAGACGACGCGUCAGAAGCAACAGAAGCUCCGGAUGUUACACCAGAAAUUACACCGAGUCCUGUGGUGUCUCCUCCGGUUUCUCCAGAGAUUCCACCGACAGCUCUGCAGGAAUGUCAAAAAGACAUGGCAAAUGUAUCUGCGCAAAGUCCACCAGAGUUCUCAAAAGCUUUGCCAGCGAUUCCAGAAGCUUCUCAAAUCUCCAAAGCUACUGAGAUCCGUAGCCCAGAAUUGUCACAGUUGCGCAGCACUUCUGAGACAUCCGAAAUACCUCAAGCGGCUUUGGGAGCGUUUUCAAAUGUCAAUCGCGCACCUUCAGCAGCUUUAAAAGUGCCUCAAAAUAUUUCACAGGGGCCUGUCGAAGGCUCACCUGCAAAAGUGCCGCCGGAAGACCCACGGCUGUCUCCAGUUCCGGUUUCUGGAAGCGCCUCCCGAGCAUCAGAGGAAAAUCCAGAAUCAAAAUCUGGUUCGUCGGUGUGAACUGGCGUCAAGAAAUCCACAACAAAGUCAAUCAAUGAAAACUUCUAUUGGUGUAUCACAAAGUUGCUGCAGAGGAUUCACAGCGUGUCUAAGAAGGCAAUUCGACCAAUGAUUAUCGCGUCGACUACAGGCUAAUAGCGCAUAGUAGAAUGUUGGUUACACGAGGAAUAACGAAUUAUUAUUAAUGACAAGAUGGUUUUGUGGCAGAAAGUAGUCACAUCUAUAAACUCAUUUUCAAUAUGACAAAAAGUUGGACCUAAGAACACCCGAGUCGUUACCCGCUAUACUGAGCACAUUUUUCAUGCAAUCUCGUGUGAACAUCGUUAACAUUGGCAUGAACGUUCUUGCCAACCUCAGAUUGACACAGACGACUUGGACGCGCUUUCCAAAAGAGGACACAACGAUAAUAAUGUAUAAGUUAAGGCAUGGUGCUUUAUUUACGCUGCUAGACGUGCACGCGUUUCCUCAUAAACGUACAAAACACCAGCCAUCUACUAGAGGCCCGUGUUUUUACGACGCGUACAGAGCGCUACACACAAACGCAGACAAGUACUUGCUCAACGUAGGAAAAUUUCGGUCGCCUAAGGGCAUCUAAAUGAUUGGUGGAUAUUAUUAAGAGAAAGAGAAUGUCAAAGGCAUGUAAAUGAGCGGCUUAAGAGGGACCAUGUGCAUAAUGGAUGCGCUGACCAAGUUCAGUGUCUAAUCAAGAAGGACAAAGACAUGGACUUACCGACCUAAUUACCAUCUUUGGAGGCCACUCGAAUAUGUGCUCACAUACAACCGAUGUCACCGGUAAGGCUCAUUGUGUGAGCCUACUUUACACGUAAACUUGGUACAAUCACGUCAAAAAUGACGACUUUCAUAUUUAGCACUAACAAGAAAAGUGGCCAUCGAAGGUUAGCAAGCCAAGAGCUGCUUUCCAUUGAAGACAACACGGAUACGAAUCUUGUAAUCCCCACUAUUUGAAGACAACGCGCCACUUCAGCGAAGCCAGCGGGAGUUGGGACACACGCACCAUGAGCAUCCUCUUUGCUAAUUACAAUUGCUGUAUUGCUAACAUGACAAUAUUAAUAUUUCUUGACGGCGAUCACUUCCUAUAUUAUUAUUGUUAUUAUUAGUAUCUUCUUCUUAUUAGUAAUCUUCCUGGAUACAGGCUAGGUGAAAUUGAAUAAAAAA